GAUCCAGAGGAGGGCUGAGGAGGCGUUGUCUUUAUAACAUCUAACCCGUGGGACCCUACUCAUUUACCGCUAGUUUGGAGAUCAUUUAACUUUAUCUUUUUGACAGGAGGGAUAUUUUUAAGAGGAGGCUGAAUCUCAGGGCUGUAUAACGGGGAUAUCUCCCACGUACCUCGUCACGCAGCCGAUGACAGAACAUCUUGGACCUUGGAUGCAGAGGAAAGCGGCGAUGCGUUGCUGUUAACUCUUUAGGCACUAACUGAGCUGAGGUUUUUUUUUUGCCGGUUUUUAUCUUUGAAGUCGGGAAGAAAUUUUAAAAUUCACAAUAAUGAAGCUGAAACCGAACCAGACCAGGACGUACGACGGAGAGGGGUUUAAGAAAAGAGCGGCGUGCCUGUGCUUCAAAAACGAACGGGAAGAGGAGGUUCUUUUGGUCACCAGCAGCCGGCACCCAGACCAGUGGAUCGUUCCUGGAGGAGGGAUGGAGCCCGAGGAGGAGCCUUGGGGGGCUGCAGUGCGAGAAGUCUUUGAGGAGGCUGGUGUGAAGGGAAAGCUGGGGCGCCUGCUUGGUGUUUUCGAGCAAAACCAGGAUCGAAAGCACCGGACGUACGUGUAUGUGUUGACUGUGACCGAGACGCUUGAAGCCUGGGAGGACUCUGUGAACAUAGGCCGGAAGCGGGAGUGGUUCACUGUGGAGGAGGCCAUCAAAGUGCUGCAGAGCCACAAACCUGUUCAUGCAGAGUACCUGCGGAGACUCCAGCUCAGCUGCUCCCCGACCAACGGGAACUCCAUGCUCCCAAGCCCGCCUCCCAACGACAACUACCCUCACUACAGCACAACCGCCGGCGCCCCUUCGACAGGCAGCGUGCUGGGCUCUUCCUGCAGAUAGGACCUCACCUGGCCGCACUUUCCUGUCUCGGCUGCGGACAAUUUUACAGAAAGUCUGUACAGUCUCACCUGCAUGAAUCUAAAGACUUCUUGGAGCAUUGGCUCGGCUGUAUUUAUUAUUUCUUACUCCAGCUGCAAGACUGACCAAAGCUAUCGCCACAGCUGCGAGAAGGACGGAGCAGGAAGCUGUCUACUCGUGGACGCCUCUGCUGCUGUCGAGAUCCAGACAAUGCUGGUGCGAAUGAACUUCAAGUAUGGGAUGCCUUAUUGAAACUUUGUACGAAUGUUGAAUGUGAGGUUGUUUUAGUUCACUAACAGUCACAGUUACCUUUUAACAGUGUCGUGCAGCCUGUGGGGGGAAAAAAUGGCUGGCUGGUUCUAAGGCACGUCGGUGUGCAGAAUGUUUUCAUGAUAAAUGUCAUCAAUAUGUGAUGGUAAAUGUAUUACACAUGAGUAUUUAUUUAAAAAACACCUUUAUUUUUAAAAGAAAUACAUUUGUUCCAGUUUAUAUCAAAUUUGAUUUAUAGAAAGAUUAAUUAGCUUCAUGUGUUCCUUUUCAAAAUAGAAGUUAAAGGAGUCAUUUUGGGGGAAAAGUUUUUUAACGUUAUACAUCGGUGAACUUAAUUUAGUUACAAUCUUUGGUUUGGCGACCUCUUAUGACAUUAAUAAAAAUUCAGCCUUCCGCAUUACCUAAUGUAUGUGUCCUCACUACCUUGUAUCAGAGCUGGUUUUAAAAUAGAGAGAACUGUUUCUCCAAGACGCACUGAUCAGCCAUUUUUGUUCCUUCAUUGCUGCUGAUCCAUUGGUUGACUUGGCCAAAUACCAAACUUUCUGAACAAAACCCACGUGUUUGGUCUGUAAACGCAAAGCUAAAUUUAGAUUUAUUUAUUUUUUUCAGCGUUUGUUUAAAUAUGGGAUAUAGUGGAGUACGGAGAAAUCUUUUGUUUCCAGAGUUCAUUCUUGGUUCAGAUUGUGAGUUUCUGAUAAACCAGUUCUUUCUUCAGUUGAUUUUCUUUGAAAAUACGUCUUGUCUUUUAUUUACAUCAAACAACGUGUUUCCAUCCAACUCAUCCAUGUGUUUUGGGUUUUUGUUAUAUAUGUUCUUUGUUUUUACACAGAUAAUAUAUUCACACUAAUUUAAAACCCUGAAAAGCGUUAUUUUUACUUUUUAGACCAUUUCAAAUCUUUAUUAUUUUAAUUAAUAGGGAAAAUCGUUGAAAGUAUUUAAGUGUUAAAUCCACAGGAGCCAGGGAAUCUAAUGUGUUUAGUAAAAUUAAAUGUGGAGCAUAUUUGGUGAUUCAUAAACAGGAAUAGUCUUCUAAUUUGAAUCAAACCCUCGUUCAGAAACCUACAUGUUUUAAUGUUUGUAUUUCUUUAAAAAUGUCCAAAUAGGCAGUCCAACUUUAAAGAAAGUUUGAAGUUGGUGUUGGCCUUGAAAAGUCUGGCUUGUUCUUACUUGAUCGUCCCCCCUUUCUAUGAACAUCAGCAGUGUCUUUCCUUAUUAUCCUUCAAAAUAAGUCGAAAGUGGUUCAAUAAAAAAGGAAACAAGCCUCUCCCAGGAACUAUUUUCAGAUUAAUCAGAAUAAUAAUAUCAUUACUAAUUUGAUCUAUUUGGAUAUAGAGAGAGGGGUAUAGUUUUUGAUAUUUUUUAGUCCCUCAGCCUAAAUCCUUAGUCUUAUUUUGUUGGCUUCUUGAACUUACACUGACACUUAAAAGGUCAUUCUCAUU